AUGAAAGAAACUGAUCCAGCGCCGCCGAUGAAAGCAGAGGAGCCGAACGCCGCAUGUGUUUCAGCUCUUCAUAUGAUACUCGAGUCUCUGAUGAGAACCACCAUGUUCUCAUGCGAUCUCCCGAUAACACUUUAUCCAGAAACACAUGAGAGAUUCAUACAAGACUACUUGGACCAGUUUUACCAUCUCUUUCUCGACAAACUGAGUCUUAUGGAAGAAAAUGGUGGUGUUUCUGAGAUUUUGAUAAACGUCUUGGAGAUAAUGCCUGGCUGGAACCGUCACUUAGGAUUCGAAGACCGGGUGAAAAUGAAGUGCACUAGAUGCAAGAUGAAUACUCUAUAUCCACCACCACAACCUUCUUUUGGUAUACUCAUCAUUGCCAAUUCACUCAGAGAAACCAAGGCAUAGUCAUCUCUUUCCAUUUUUUUUUUUAUCUUUUUAAUCUUUUAUAAUAAUAAGAUUAUGGUUUUGGUUAUCAUCAUUCACCACAGUCUGCAUUCGAGGAUUUUACGUUUGAGAGAAUCCUUAAAGUCAUCAAGAUCAACUCUAUGGUGCCUUGCAAAACGGAAGGAUGUGAGAAACUA